GCUUAAUCACAUCUUAUUUUUAAGGACAAUAUGGAUGGGACAACCCGCGAAAGGCUGAGUCAGAUUGAGGGUAUCCCAUUACCAGAGCGAGUGGUGAAGUACUGGGCAAGAGUGGAGACCUUCCAGGCGUCAAAUGAGGAUCUACUCAUUGCCACGUAUCCUAAAGCAGGAACUACGUGGAUACAGGAAGUAGUGGAUAGCAUCCUGAAUGAAGGAGAUGUUGAAAAGUGCAAACGUGCACCCACUCAGGUGCGCAUGCCAUUCUUAGAGAUGACUGCUACUGACGGUUCAAGUUCUGGUAUAACUAAGCUGGAGGUUAUGGAUCCCCCUCGUGUUAUUAAAACCCAUCUUCCCAUCCAACUUGUGCCUCGUUCUUUUUGGGAUGCUGGUUGCAAGGUUAUAUAUAUGGCCCGUAAUCCGAAGGACACUGUGGUUUCAUAUUACCACUUUGACCGCAUGAAUCUUUACCAGCCAGAGCCUGGCCCUUGGCCACAAUAUCUGGAGAAGUUCAUGAAAGGGCAAUUGGGUUGGGGAUCCUGGUAUGACCAUGUUAAAGGAUACUGGAGGGAAAGACAUAACAAGGAAAUCCUUUACGUAUUAUAUGAAGACAUGAAAGAGGACCCUGUUCGUGAAGUAACCCGCAUUGCUCAAUUCCUCAAGCGUCAGUUAUCAAAAAGUACAAUAGAGCAUAUUGUGCAAAUGACAGCAUUUUCAGCUAUGCGAGAAAACCCCAUGGCAAACUACUCAACUAUAUCCGAUACAAUCUUUGAUCGCACAGCCUCAGAGUUCAUGAGAAAAGGUGAUGUUGGUGACUGGAAGAAUCACUUCAGUGCAGAAGAGGAUGCUGCAUUUGAGGAACACUAUCACAAAAUAAUGUGUGAUUGUCCUAUUGCGAUACGGUUCACAAUAUGAAAGAUUAAAAUGGAGUGUGUUUGUUUUCUAGUCUAAAAAAAAAAAAACUAUUAAAAUUUCCUAAUUUAAAUAAUUAUUAUGAACUAUUUAAUCCCAUAUAUGUUUCUAUGUUGCCUCAUAAAGUACAUUGUACAUUGCUGGGCAACAAAAUGUAAUAUUAAUGUUCUACUCUGGAUGGGUGGGAAUUGUUGACUGUUCAAAGCUCUUGAAUGCAGUGUAAAGUUCAAGUCCCCUCGUAAAAUCUCUGGAAAGUACACAUGAUAUCAGUUAACGGAAGUGAAAAUAAUCCCAAGCAAAGGGCAGAAAUAUAAUGUUGUAGGUUUUUUUAAUUUUGAAUCAGGAACAGGCCUCAGAAAUAA